AAUAACGAAAAAUAAUAUACGGUUUGUCGUUUGUCACCUUUUUGUGUUGCAGAGUAGAUGUAAUGGCUUCCCAAAGUAAUUAAUGGAUGAAUAAUUAACAAUCAUAUUGCGGGUAUUGAUCCUGAUUAUUUUGAAGUUAUGUGUUACUGUGAGUGUCAUUAAGAGUGAAGCCAUCCAACAUACUGCUUACUGAACUUCAGUCUUAUCAGCCAGCCAAUGAUGUCGACACUGGGUUGACCCCCGUGACUGAACACCGCAGUGAGCUGCGGUGGUGAGGUCAGCAAUAGGAUGGAGCCAUUUGUGACUCGUAUUGGAGACGUCACUAUCGAGCGGGUUGUGCCCAAGUCUGGGCCUGGAAGUGGAGGAGGAACAGUUGGUAAAGAAACCAAAGAAUCUGUACCUCCACCAUCAGUCAGCUUGGCUAAGAGGGAUGUGGAUGGCAGUGAUGCCAUCAGUGUCAGUGAGGACCUCCAGAUAUUUCUGAAGCCUCCGUUAUCCGUCGCGGAGAAGGGCGCCACUGGUGGAUCGAAGCAUGAUGGUCGGAAGUCACGAGACUCCAGUGUUGGUGGCAGUAGGGAAACAUCUCUUGGCAGAGGAGAAGAUAGGACUGCCAACAGUGGUACUGACGAGUCAGAUGCCUCAGAAAGUGAUGACAACGAAGACCGCCACAGUGAAAUCAUGGAUGAGGAGGAUGAGAUGUUAUUACCUCAAGCAGUGGAUAAAAUGGACACCAGUGACUUUCAGCAGCAUAAUAAAAGUGACGAACAAAGUGAGGUGAUGUCAGAUAACAAAAUGACAGCGAGUAGCAUAGUCGAGUCGCAUGGUCAGACUGCAUUGCAGAACAGUAUUGAAACGGGUGCUGUUUCUCUAGAGCCAGUGAGGACAGAACAGGACAAGACACAUGCGGAUGGUGUGGGGGGAGGAAAUAGUGCAAGUGAUGGAAAGAAAAUCAUGGAAGAGGGAAAAGGGAAGACAGAGGAAGAUGGCGAAAGGGGAACUGCCGGCUCGGACACAAAUAAACGGAAAGCUCAGCAGGACAGUGGUGUAAUUCACAAGAAGAAAAAGACUAGUUUAUCAGGCAAAGAUGGUAAAGACAAAGGUGGAUCGUCAUCUUCUGAUUCAGAAGACAGUAAGGAGGAUAGUAAAUCUAAUUUAAUGGAGCGAAAAUUAUCCAACAUGAGACGUAACAUUCGCGAGGUGAUGAGUGAGAACCAGUUGGAUGAAGAAACCCUGGCUGCUCAAAGGCAGGAAAUGGAGCGACUCAGGAGGGUCCAGGAACAGCAGCGGAUCAUACGAGAGGUGCAGCGCCAAAUUGCACUCAAUCGACAGAACAACAAGACGCAAACUCGAGUUAUUUCUCUCCUCCAAGGCAAUUCCUCAUUGCUAAAACAGAUCCCGAGUACAUCGAGUUCAGGAUCAAGUGGCAGUACACAAGUGCGCCUGCCUAAUACAGUCCUUGUUAAGUUGGCAUCUGGUUCUGGACAGGGCGCAGGAAGUGGAGUACAAACUAAUAAGAAGGUGUUUGAACUUCUUAGAGUGCAGAAGGGCAGUACCAGCACAGUUCCACGUCCAGGUGCACGAGGCUCUGCAAUAUCUCGCACUGUCCUUGCCAAACCUAGAGGAGUUGGUCCCCAAGUGCACAUGAUGACACCAUCUGUAUCCAUCGCUCCAGUGAUGUCAUCACCUCGAGUACCUGCACCUUCAGAGUCAGAAAGUGAAGGAGAGGAGGAUUCAGAAAGAGAAAUGUUGGCAAGAGCUGCUGCUCUUCGAAAAGUUGCAGGGAAAGGCAAAGGCAAGGAUGUAGUGACGAUCAGCAGCAGUAGUGAUGAUGAUGACUGCAUUCUGCUGUCAGAACCAUCUAGUGGUGAUGAAGGGGAUCCUGUUGAUGAUCCUACAAAUUCUGGAAUGCAUACAAAUGAUCUGUACAACAUUCCUGAUGAGCAGGGACGUGUAUUAGUCAACGUUGGCCAUCCUGCUGAAGAACCUGAAAUCUUCCUUGCGCCACAGAUAGCCAGGAUUAUCAAACCUCAUCAGAUUGGUGGUGUCCGGUUUCUGUUUGACAAUGUGGUGGAAUCCCUGUCGAGGUUUAACACUUCGACAGGAUUUGGUUGCAUCCUGGCACACUCAAUGGGACUUGGCAAGACAUUACAGGUGGUGUCCUUCUGUGAUGUGUUCCUACGCCACACCAGCGCCAGAACAGUUCUUUGUAUUAUGCCAAUCAAUACCCUGCAGAACUGGCUGGCAGAGUUCAACAUGUGGCUGCCUGCUCCCGCCAAAGACAGUAGCAGUGCAAACAGCAGCAGUAACACUGUCGGAAGCAAUAAUAGCAACAGCAGUAGCGAUAACAUCGGCAGCACCACAGAACAGCAGCAAUCCAUUCUUACUGACUCAUCAAGUGAUAUUGCUGUGGAAACUAACAGUACUCCAGAAAGCAGGCCUCGAAACUUUGCCCUUCAUGUCCUUAAUGAUUCGCAUAAGUCCAUGGCAGCACGCUCAAAAGUAAUUCAGGAAUGGUCUAAAGGAGGUGGAGUGCUCCUAAUUGGAUACGAACUGUACAGACAGCUGAGCUUGAAACGCCCCAACAAAGCCAAUAGCAAGAAAAGAAGGAGAAAACAUCAGGAUGAAGUGGUAGAUGUUGAUGCAGAUGAGAAGAACAAGGCUCUCCUUGACGAGAUGCAUUCUGCCCUGGUUAAGCCAGGACCUGACCUCGUUAUCUGUGAUGAAGGUCACCGUAUCAAGAACAGUCACGCAUCUAUUUCACAGGCACUGAAACAGAUACGGAGCAAGAGACGUGUCGUAUUAACAGGUUAUCCACUGCAAAACAAUCUUCUGGAAUACUGGUGCAUGGUGGACUUUGUACGACCAAACUACCUAGGUACAAAGACGGAAUUCUGUAACAUGUUCGAACGUCCAAUUCAGAAUGGUCAGUGUAUAGACAGCACACCGCAGGAUAUAAGACUAAUGCGAUAUAGAGCUCACGUACUGCACUCUUUGCUGGAGGGCUUUGUACAGAGACGGAGCCAUUCAGUUCUUCAGGUGUCCCUACCUCAGAAGGAAGAGUACGUCCUCCUGUUACGUUUGACACAGUUCCAGAGAAAAUUGUAUGACACGUUCAUGAACGAAGUUGUACGGACCAAAGCUGUGCCAAAUCCUCUCAAGGCUUUUGCUGUAUGCUGUAAGAUCUGGAACCAUCCUGAUGUCCUGUACUACUUCUUGAAGAAAAGGAAUUCUGGAGAAGAUGUUGAUUUAGACCUGGAGGAAGCAACAGCCGCAUCAAGCACCCCACUUGUAUCAGGGGUUGCAGCUUCUCCUAGGGGUGGUCCAGCCAAAAGAGGCAGAGGUAGAGGUUCACGAAAUCCCUCUGGACAGGGCAAGCGGGAGCGGAAGGGCUCAGCACCAUUUCGUCAGUUAGGCAGUAACAAACCUGCUGCAACGAUUACACCUCAGACAGCAAACCUAGCUUCAGGUGGAACAGUUGGCAAUACCUCAAGCAGUAACAGCGGCACUAACACUAACAACUCUCCACAAUGCGGUGCAGUUCCCAGUAUGGGCUGCAUGGGUACAGGAACCCCUAUGCAGCAGGAUCCACAUGCAAACAACCAGCCUUACAACAUAAUGGGCCAGCAGAAUCAGUCUUACAAUAAUCCUGGCUCGUAUACAGACAUGCAACAUUACAACCCUAACAGUGCACCCCCGUAUGGUUACCCAACAAACCCUCCAUCUUCCAGCUAUGAUCCCAAUUAUUCCAACAACUCUUAUAAUUCCAGUAACUCAUCGUACGGCAGUUCUAAUCACAAUACGGCUGCACCACAAUAUGGAGGCUCUGGAAAUUACUACCCCCCAACUGGUGGAUCAGCAAAUGACCAACAAGGAAAUUAUGAAAAUAAUACUAUGGAAUCCUAUUAUCCUACUGCAGGAAGUAAUCAUCAUGGAACUAGUUACCAGAACCCUGCGACUGGAAACAGCACUCCAUAUUGGCAACAACAUGGCAAUCAUGGUUACUACCAACAUGUCGGUAAUGGCAGUGGAAAUGGGAAUCCAAAUCAGUAUUAUAGUGGAAAUGGGGGUAGUUCCUACGCUGGUACAAAUAAUGGUGAAACGGGGGAAAGUUCAUAUUACAUGGGGCAUCACCCUCACAGCCAUCAGCAGGGACAGUAUGGUGAUUAUGGAAGCAGGGAACAAGGAAGUAUGUAUCAUGGGAUGAACACCAGCGGUUUCAUGGGUGAAAUGGGACAGAACACGAUCGGUAAUCCAAAUAGCAGUGGUCUGGUCAAUAUGGGAGAAAGCAGCCAGAGCCAAAGCAAUAACAUGUUGAACAUGCCACAGAACUCCAGUAUGCCAAACCCGAGCACAAUGGGAAAUUUACAGCCUUCACAGAAUUUAAGUAUGAAUAAUAUGCAGAAUGCUACAGGAAAUCAAAACCCAAUGGCAAAUCAGACUACUAUGGGAAAUGCACAGGGUGCCAUGAAUUCCAUGCAAACGUCUAUGGAAGGAAAUAUUGUAAAUAAGAAUCAGAACCCGGUAGGCACUCCACAGAGUCCUAUUGGAAACCAACAGAACACAGCUGGACAGCAGCACAGUGCUGUUGGCAACCAGAGUCCAAUGGGAACACAGAAUUCUGUUGGUACUCCGCAGACUAUCAUUGGAAACCAGCAGAAUACAAUGGGAACUGCACAGAACUCCAUGGUGAAUCCACAUAAUCCAAUGGCAAUGCAACAGAAUCCCAUGGGAAGUACUCACAAUUCGAUGGGGGCUUCACAGAAUUCAGUAGGAACUCCACAACCAUUGACUGGAACUCAGCAGAAUCCAGUGGGAACUCCACAGAAUGUGAUGAUAAAUUCACAGAAUCCAAUGGGAAACGGUCAGAAUAUGAUGGGAACUCCAAAUGCAUUAGGAGCACCACAAAAUUCAAUGGGAAUGUCACAGAAUCUAAUGGGACCCACGCAAAAUAUGAUGGGACCACCACAAAGUUCCAUGGGGACACCACAAAGUGCACUGGGAACUGUGCCAAAUCUGAUGGCGGCACCUCAGAAUUCCAUGGGAAAUCCACAGAAUCCAAUUGGAUCGUCACAAUCUGCAGUGGGAACUUCACAGUCAACCAUGGGAAAUCCACAGAAUCCAAUGACCACACAUCAAAAUCCAGUAACAUCACCACAGAAUGUGAUGGCAGUUUCGCAGAAUCCCAUGGGACCACCACAGAGUUCAAUAGGGACACCACAUAGUCCUGUAGGCUCUCAGCAAAAUAUGCUGGGGACUCUGAAGAAUCCCAUGGCAGCUCCAAACGCGAUGGGAGUCCCACAGAAUCAAAUUGGAACUUCGCAAGACUCUGCAGGAAACGCGCAGAAUCUGAUGGGAAAUCCUCAAAAUCCAUUAAACAGUUUCCAAGGCUCAGUAGGGAAUAAUUCACAGAACUUAAACAUCAUGCAGAAUACACAUAAUCACAUGCAUGGUCAUCCUGAAAUUGGUGGUAAUUCUGGUAACAGUAUGCAAGACACAUAUGGCAGGAUGUCUGGUAUGGACCCCAAUAACUCCAGCCAGAAUACUGCUUACGAUGCAGGAAAUAACAUGAGCUCUUAUCGCCACCAACAAAUUUUUCAGAACAGUAACAACAGACCAUGUCUGCAGCAAGGGAACAGUUCAUGUGGAAGUAGUGCAGACAGCCUGUAUGGGUCAAUGCCAGAAAAUGUUCAGUAUCUUGGUGAAAAUAUGGGGAGCAUGCCCAUAUGUAAAACUGAGCCGGGGAGUCAGAACACUCUAAGCAAUAUGAUGACUGGGGAGGGUAGCUCUUCUGGUACUAGCGGUUCUCACGGGAACAGCGAACUGUCCUUGUAUGGGCCUCCGUCAGGUGGUAUCCCUUACUCCAAUAGGUGGGAAGACAACUCAGGAAGUGGUAGAUUUUUAUCCACGUCACAGCAGUCUGAAGAGAAUAAAGGAAAGUGUGAAGAUAACAUCAAAGAGGAAUCUCAGAAUAUGUCUACAGAUGGGAGUACGUUGAUUGCUAACAAGGAUAAACUAAAGUUAGGGGAAGAGGAGAAGGGUCAGGAGCAAAAGAAUAGCUGUAAUCCACAAUUGAAAUCUGUAGACAGCUCUGAUCAAAGGAUAUCUUGUGAAAAGCAACCCCUAUCUAGAGAAGGCUAUUCUUCGAAUGGUGAUCCUGCUAAAUGUCUUACUGAAAUGAAACCGGUCGAUUCUGGAACGAAUACUGAGCAAGAUGGAAAGAGUAGCACAGUAACAUCUUGCAACAUGCAACAGAGUGGCAAUAUUCCGCCAUCCAGUUUGAAGACAGAAGAUAAAAUUAGUCUUAACUGCUCAAACGAAACUCAAACUGAUAUCCCACUGAUUCUGACUAAUAAUUAUGGUAACUUAAAUGUUAAAUCUGAUAUGUCAACUCAGCAUAAUGCAUUCAAAAUGGAGUCGGGUGUGUUUAAAAGUGAUGGUCAAGCUUUCGAGAGAAAUUCAUCCCCACAUCUCCGAGAUGUGAAGGAGUAUGAGCUCGGUAAUGACAGCAAGGACAGAAAAGCUAAUGACAGUGCAGAUGGGAGGCGGUGUGAAUCCAUGGUCGAGAGUAAGGAUGCUAGCUGUGGGACACAAAAUUUUGAUUGUCCCAAGGAUCUCAACCUGAAUGAAGGGAAACAAGUAGUGGAGUUAGGAGCAGGUGCAGCAAGGAACAUGGGAGGCAGGGAGGAUCCUGGAAUUCCAUAUGACUGGGCCACAGAAUUGCUGAAGAAUUAUAUCCCAGGAUCUAUCGAGAACUCAGCAAAAAUGGAAGUACUGUUUUGUAUUUUGGAGGAGUCGAUGGCGCUAGGAGAUCGUAUGCUUGUCUUCAGUCAAUCUCUUUUUACUUUGAAUCUCAUAGAAGAUUUUCUUCAACGGAACAACUUACCUGGAAGACAGGAAAAAUGGGCUCGGAACUGUAAUUAUUAUCGUCUAGACGGAAGCACGUCAGCACUGGAACGAGAGAAACUGAUCAAUGAGUACAAUUCAAAUCCCAACAUUCACUUGUUUCUUGUUUCCACAAGAGCUGGUUCACUAGGAAUCAACUUGGUUGGAGCCAAUAGAGUAAUUGUGUUUGAUGCUUCAUGGAAUCCUUGCCAUGACACCCAGGCUGUUUGCAGAGUUUACAGGUAUGGGCAAAAGAAGCCGUGCUUUGUGUAUCGCCUUGUUAUGGACAACUGUUUGGAGAAGAAGAUUUAUGAUCGGCAGAUAAACAAACAAGGGAUGGCGGACAGAGUUGUGGACGAAUGCAAUCCUGAUGCCCAUCUGUCCAUCAAAGAGGUCACUAAUCUAUGCUGGGAUAAUGAACAAGACACAGAACCCAGGGACUUCAGUGCCGAGAAGGACAAAUACAUUGACGUAGUCCUGCAGAAGGUCCUGGACAAGUUCAGCAGUCGUCUCUCGAAAGAACCAUUCCAGCAUGAAAGUCUGCUUGUUGAUCGCAAAGAGAAGAAGCUGUCUCAAGCGGAGAAGCGGUUAGCAAAGAGAUCGUACGAGUUGGAGAAACAAGCCAACAUCAACUACAGCCAUAGACCUCAGUAUUCAUACUAUCCAGGCGGCACGUCAGCUGUCGGCAAUGCCGGCAUUCAGGGAACGGGGCUACAAAUAAGGGCUAUUAGAACAGAUGGGUCUGGAGGAGUAAUGCCGAAACCAGUGGCCAGUGUACGUCCCAUGCAGGCGGAGUUGAGUCAGCAGCUGGAACGAGGACAGGCGAACCGUUCCACAGUUACAACACUUAACACAAGUGGCCGUUCGAGAUGGAUUCCAGCAGAAGUGUGGCAGAGGCAGGGCAUGUCUGCCCAAGAAAUGACUCUUCCACUCGAUGUUGUAAUCCCCACCAACUCUCCAGACCGAGCUUCCAUAGUGCUGAAGGCAGGACAGCGUGUUAUGGUACUUAAGAGUCCCAAGGGAAUCUAUAUGCAACUGGAGAAUGGAAAAAUUAUAGCUAUUCGAACAGCGUUCAAAGUGGGUGGUGCAGGCAAGGGAUCUGCGGCACAGCAGCAAGAAUGCAAACCUCCUCUUGAGAAAGCAGAAAUGAACACUCCAGAAUAUAAGAAAGAGAGCAACGCCCCUACAAUAAAUCGAACAGUGAAUAUGGCCAAAGUCAGCAAUGUGCUUCCAUUCAAGAAUAACUCUGCCAUCACAAUAAUUCCAAAGAAUACUGCACCGCAGCAGCGAGGGGCAGGCAAGCCAAUGAGUAGAGUAGGGGGUAACAGCAGUGGGGGUGGAAUUUUGAAACAGGAUGUGACCGUGAAACCCUGGGGCCCUAGGAUUGGUACAUCAGUUGACGUUGCCCCUGUAACCAUGGGAGGUAACAAAAACAUUAGUUCUCAACAGCCAAUGGUGCAAGCAAGGCCGUACUUCCAUCGCACCAGCGCUAACAACAGCACAGACAUGGGGAGUGCUAAGCCCUACUUCCAUCAUGACACUUCGUCAGAUCAUCUCGGGAUGAUGGGGCAUCAGACAAGUGACGAGGGCAGCUCUGGUGCUGAGAACAUGUCUUCCACCCCGUGUGCUGAGGACAAGGAUGGUGUAGAUGGUGGUGUGUUAAAAUCUCCGUCUUCUGAUGAUUUUAAUCAGGAUAAUUCAAUGAGCAGUCAUGCAUUCAGAAGUAUCCAGGAAUCAAACAUCAGUAACAAGUCAUCAUAUGACAGUCACAUGGGAGAUGACAUGCUACAUGAUUCAGGAGCUGGCAUGGGUAUGGCAUACGGGAACCACGCAGAUCAAGGAAUUCAGGAACCAAAUAUAAAUAGUUCAUAUGGAAGACAGAUGGGACAAGAUACUCGUGACCCACCCGUCACUGCGAAUCGUUCUUUCAGGAGACAGAUGGAUCAAGGUUUGCAGGGAGCAGGUAAUGUUGGUCAUCCAUUUGCCAGACAGCCGGACCAAAGAGUGCAGGAGACUUCCGCAAAUUUAAGUCGCGGAUAUGGAAGGCAGGUUGACCAAGGUGUGCACGAUGCGUCCACCAUGAGUCACAGGUACGGGAGACACAUGGAGCAGGGUUACCAUGACGCAUCAGCCGGCGCUAACCACGGGUUUGGGAGACAGCUAGAUCAGGGCAUUCAAGAGACAGGUGGUAUAAACCGUUCAUUUGGUAGGCAGAACCUUGAAGGGAUUACAUACAAUCAGCAGAGCCAGGCAAGAAGCUAUGAUGAACAUAAAGAUGCAAACUUCAAUCGAUCUGAUUCAUCCUCUGGCGGGAGGUACGGUCAGACGGAUACUGAAAGUGGGAGUAACAGGAACUUCCAUGGAACAUAUGAGGACAGUUGGCAGCAAGGUCAGGUCUUCCGAGGAAUGUCGAGGGUCAGUGACGGCACCCACGGACAUGGCGGUGGUAUGGCUGAUAGCAGAAGUUAUCAUCAGCCAUUUAAAAGUAGUUCACAUGGAGUGGAGAAGCAUUCCUUGCCAGACAACAGUACCAGAGAACAGCAGCGGAACAAUUUCCCUGACUACAGCCAAAGGCAACAGCUGCAAGAACCAGAAUCGCCUACAUUCCAAACAGAAGUCACUGACUCCGCAACAGGUGGAAAUGAUAGCGGUGUAGAGAUUCUUCCAUUACCUACAUCAACCUUCACACCCGUGAGUAAAGAACCACUGCCACAGCAAUCAACAAAUCGUAGCGCUCCUCAAGGAAAAACUACGUCUUUAAAGAACUAUAGGCAUAACUCCUUCAGUGCACAGCUUCAUAGCAGGGAAGUAGAAUCUAGUACCAGCAGUGAUAAUACCACUGCCCCCAUAACAAGAACUCUGCAGGAGAAACCUCUGUCUGGAGACCAUUAUAUGAAGUCUUCACAGCAGACCUCAUAUCCUACUGAUAUAAAAUCUCCAUCAGGUUUUCAGCAGAGUAAUGAAGACCUUAAAGUUUCUAACCAGAACCUGACAGUGUCAGGUUAUCCACAGGGUGGAAAUGUGGGUUCAGUUUUCCUAGGAACUGGUAAUCCCAGUGUAGGUCAGCACACAUUACCUAGUUCUAAAACUCAUCAGAAAAAUGCUCCAAAUAUUGGAAGAUUCAAUAGCGAAGUGAGUUCCGGUGGUAAUUUCAGUGCUGGUGGUAUGCCUUCAGCAGUAUCAAUAAAAUCAAAACGUGGAAACAGCAGGAGUGAACAGCAGCAUUACGAAUUUGAAUCGAGUGACACCACUUCUGAUGCAGGUAGAAUCAAUGCUCAGCAGCAACCACAUGGCAAACGUGCAGGCAGAAAUCAGAUGUAUCCAUUGCAACCUCAAGCAUACCAUGCUCACACUUCCCCACAGCAAGCCCAGUCUCAGACGCCACCAGCCAGUAAUCCUGCGAGCAUUGCUACCACUUCAGUAUCAAAGAAAGGGCGAGGAAACAAGAAUACAUCAUCUGAUAGGUCUCCCAGUUACUCAGCUGCAGCAAGUAACACUGAAAGUGACUUGCAUCGCAAUGCAGAUGGCAGUAGCUCUAAAAAUCAGCCACAACAACCAUCUCCUCAAAAUGUUCCAGUUCAAAUGCAACAGUCUGCCCCAGUUUUCCCACCAAAUCCACAGUAUCCAGCUUCAGAUGGCAGUUCUAGCAGUCCAGUCUACGGACACCAGCAGUACUAUCCCACACCUGGUUAUUAUGGAGGCUUUGGUGGGCCGCAGCAGCCUCCCGUCGCUUUUGGUGGCAAUCCAUACUAUUCUGGCGAGAGUCAGUAUGGAGCUGGACGAGGUGCGCAUUUGGACCAGUCGGUACCUCCAGUAAACAAAGACAUUCACAAGGGAAACCAAUCCCAAGCCGGAACUUCACCAACGCAGCCGCAGCAGCAGUCAGUGCAGCCUCUGCCUCAGUCCACAACCCCAGCAAAAACACAGCAAACUCCUUCAGGGAUUGGCUCCCAGAAGAAGGAGCAGUCAAGCCAACUUGGCAACAGUACUGCAGCAUCAGAUUCACCAACCAAAGUUGGUGCCACUGCUACCAACCCAUCUACGCCCACAACUACAAGGGACAUGACAAGUCCGAGCAGUGCUAGUGGUGGAUCUCGUAGUGGUAACAACAGUGCUCGUUCUACUCCAGCCACUGUUGCCAACACAAACAUUUCACAGGAGCCUAACUCACCUCAGCUUCAUUUUAAUACUCCGACAACAUCGGCCAGCUCUACGUCACUGGAAAAUAGGUCACCUGUCCAGUAUAAUUCAUCCAUGACCACAAAUCCAGCACCGCUUGACCCUAAAUCACCACUUCAGUACAAUUCUAGCGUAACUAGCGGGAACUCUUCUUCAUCAGCAGCGCCGUCACAUCAGUACAAUUCUAGUGCAACUGGCGUGAACUCAUCUGCAUCAACAGCAUCGUCCCUUGACUACAAUAGCAGUGCCACAUCAUCUAAUUUCACUGCUGGCACAGGAAGCACACCACAAGGUGGAAUAAUACCACCCCCACCACACCAAAGUCCCUAUGAGCCAAUGAUGUUGGGAGGAUAUCCAGCUGGUGCCCCUGGAACUGGUUACGCAGCUCCGCCCCCACCACCAGGAAUGGGUUACGGAAGCUACAGUAACCCUGCAAAUCAAUAUGAGGCAGAUUAUGCUAGGGCAUCCAUGUACAGUGCAUUCCAUAGACCAGAUCCACAUCCCCAUCCAUUUGCCCCUGGUCACCCCCCAGGGUUUCUGCCAUCGCCUCAAAGCACAAAUUACUACCCCCAGAACAUGUAUGCUCCAACUCCGUAUGGCACUCCCGAUCCAGCAUAUUACAGCAACCCUUUCCUUAAUGCAAUGCAUCAACAUCCGUACCCAACUCUGCCGGGAGCAGCACAAAACCCAGGGUCUCAUCCGCAGUGAGCAAUGUCAACAGUUUGACAACGCAGAUAUUUCAGCCCCCUGGUGACAUCCUUACCGUGAGCCUACCAUGAAUUGACUUGAACCUGAGUGUGACCUGACUGAUUUAUAUAUAUUUUUUCGUUCUUUCUUUAAAGGUAUAUGAAUGUAAAUUGAGGUUUCUUUCAAUGAAAGUGUUGAGUGAGUUUCAGAAAAUCACACUCGUUAAGUUGUAUUUCAGUAUUGCUAAAUUCCACACUGCCUUGUGUAGGUUCUCACAAGCCUAUACAGCACCCAGAACAAAUUAAUAUUAAUCAAGGAGACUAAUGUAUAUGUAGUGUAGGAAAGAUCCACAGAAACACUGAGUGGUAUUUUCUUUGCUUCUUGAUGUGAUUAGUUAUUGCCUGUUUAGUAUGUAUUGUCUUCCAUCUACAAACAACUAAAAAAAAAACUCCAUGAUUUUAGUCCGCAAGCAAACUAUGCUGACCAAGCAGCCGCCGCUUGUCGGCGAA